AUAUCCAAUUACAGUUCAUUGCACAACAGGAAUUGGUCGUUCCGCUACAUUUGUGGCGAUUGAAUUGGUACUUGAAAUGCUUAGUAUGGGCCAAAAUUGUAUUAUGGCUGAUUUAUUAUCGAAUUUACGAAAGCAACGAGCACAAGCUAUUAAUUCUUGGAAGCAAUAUCUAGCAAUACACAAGCAUAUUAUGAAUUAUUUGAUAACACAUAAAAAGAUUCCGAAAGAAAUUUUAGAAGAAGUUGAUGAAUUUUUAAAUGCAUGCAUGAAACAAAUGGCUGUGAAGAAGUGA